AUGAAAUUAACAUUAACAUCAUUACGAAAAUCAAAUGAAAUUGAUCCAUUAUCAGAUAAUAAUGUUCAAAUUCAUGAAGGUAUAUCAUAUCAAGCUACUAUACCUGCACUUAAUUCAAUAUCAUUAACAACUGAUCAUGAUGCUAUUCUUUUUUGGAAACCAACUGAUUUAAUUAAUGAUCAUGAUCUUAUAGAUUAUAUUAAUUAUGCUUAUAAAAAACAUCAUAUGAAUGAAGAACAAGCAUUAACUAUAUUACAAAUAUGUAAAUAUAAAAUUUCAACAAGUAAAUUACUUAUGGAACAAUAUAAACCAGAAAUUGAUCAAUGGACAAUUGAAGAAAAAUUUCUAUUUGAACAAGCAUAUCAAUUUUAUGGUAAAAUAUUUUCACGUAUUAAACAAAUGUUACCAGAAAAAAGUAUUGCUGAACUUGUUCGAUAUUAUUAUUCAUGGAAAAAAACUCGUUUAUAUCAAAGUCUCAUGGAUCAACAUGAAAAACAAUAUCAGUUAAUGCCAUAUGAUGAAGAUUAUGAAAGUAAUGAUGAUAAUGAUAAAAGAACUACAACAUCAGUACGUGUAUCGACAAAAAAUUUGGAUAAUCAUUCAAAAAUAAUAUCCAAUCAAAAUAAUACCGAAGAACAAGAAUGUUGUAAUUGUGAAAUAAUUUCUCAAUCAAUACAUUCAACACCAAAAGGUAUUCUUUGUAAUGAAUGUUAUAUUUAUCGGCAAAAAUCGAAUUUAAUGCAACCUGAAUUAUAUCAAAAUAAAUCAUUAAUUAAAAAAGUUAAACGACCACCAAAAAAUAUGUCAAUUGAUUUAAUAAAUUUAACAUCAUCAAAUUCUAUUGAAAAAUUAGAAGAAGAUAUUCGUUAUGAAUUAUCAAUAAUACAAUUACAUAAUCAAUCAAUUGAAUAUUUAACAAAUCAAUCAAGAAUUGAACUUGAAACAAUGCAUAUACCAUUUCUUAUAAAAUCUAUAAAUUCAAAUGAAACAACAACAUCAACAUGGUCAAUAGAAGAAAUUCUUCUUGCUAUACAAGCAUUUGCAAAAUAUGGAAAAGAUUUUCAUACUGUAUCACGUAUAAUUGGUUCAACAAAAAAUAUUCAUGAUGUUGAAAGAUUUUUUCUUGAAUCUCGUGAACGUUAUCAACUUGAUAUGGUUAUAGAUAUUCAUUCUAAACCAAUAACAAAUCUACAAAAUAAACAAGAUGAUAUUGUUUUUAUUAGCCAAUGA